AUGAAGUUUGCAAUGUUCCGAACAGAAAGGAAAGAGCUCAGGGCCAGCUCAGCCGGCGCUAGCGGAGAUUUCUCGCUGCGAAAAUACUUUGACCUAUCUUCUAUUAUCAAUAUUCUAUCCUCAUACAAUUUCGCUAAAAUUUCUGUUGUCUCGUUUUUCUUAUUUUCAAUUUCCGUGAAGAUGUAUUCUGCUCUUCGCCCUGCCGCUCGCCGGCUCUUUUCUGUCAGACCCAAUGCCUCUUCGUUCAUUGCGCGGUCACGAUCAAUCGCCACUCAAUCAAUUGCCUUCUCUCGCCCAGCUGCUACUUCCAGUGUCUCCUCGUUCCAGCAAAUCCAGCGCCGAUGGAACAGCGACGAAGCCACCAAGGUCGCUACUGAGAAGGCAGUGACCAGUACUCAAGAAGUCAAAGCCGAAGGCGAAGCAGCUCUCGAAGCCGCCGCCAGGAAUGCAGCAAGUGAGCAAGUUUCUACCGUGGAUGCGACUUCCGCCGAGACCGAGGCCCUGCUUACCGAACAAGUUUCCGCUGGAUCUCAAGAAAGGGAUGCAGCAGCUGGAGAGGAUGAGCUUGGCUUCCGUGUCAAGAAACCUGUCAGACGAACAAUUGAUAAUUUGACUCCUUCACCAACUGUUUACGUUGGGAAUUUGUUUUUCGAUGUCACCGCAGAGGAUUUGAAAAACAGGAUGCAGUCGUACGGUGUCAUUGAGAAGGCUACUAUCAUUCACGAUGCUCGUGGCUUGAGUAAGGGAUUCGGAUACGUCACAUUUGACUCGGUAGAAGCCGCGCAACGUGCCAUUGACGAGAUGAGCCAACAAAUCUACGAAGGUCGUCGAGUACUCGUCCAGUUCUCGGCUUCCGGACCCAGCGAAAAACAGUCCCGACCCAAGUCAAAGCCCACCCGGAGUCUCUAUAUUGGUAACCUGGCCUAUGACCUUUCCGACCGGGAACUCAACGAUAUCUUCAAGAGCGUCCGCAAUGUCGUUGAAGUUCGUGUUGCUGUUGAUCGCCAGAGUGGUAGCCCUAGAGGUUUCGCUCACGCUGACUUCCUCGAUAUCCCCAGUGCUCAGGCUGCUCUUGAGAUUCUCAGCAGCAAGGCACCUCAUGGUCGUCGACUAAGGGUUGACUUCAGCCAGGGUGUCAAGAAGGGUCGACGAGAGCCCAGGGACCAGGCUGCGGCUAAUACAGAGACUGAAAACGCGACCAACGAAGCUGAAGGCAAGGCAGAGACCCAGAACUGAAACUUGACAUCGAUACUCUAAAUAUCCGCCAUGUUGACCGUUUCUGGUCCUUCAAUCUACAAGUACCACGCAUGGGGGGCGUUCGAGGCUAGCCAAUUGGAUGAUCACAGUCUUCCAUAUUCGUGAUUCUCCAAAUGUCGACUUUUAUUAUGUGCUUUUAUUUGGCUGUAUGGAUUGGCCACAUGUACCGAUUAAAAUUAUUGUAUAUUAUUUACUUUAGUGUCUUACCUGACUGAACGGACUUUAAUCUCAUGAUGAAAGGAUAUCUCCUUUUUCUACAC